AUGGACUCAGUCGGCACAUUCACCGGCUUGAGCAUGGAUGUCAUGGUUCAAAGGCUCCGCGACGUCGCACUCUAUGCUCACCUGCAUGGCAUCACGCUCGAGAACCUCACCACUGACCACCUUAACAUCUUCCACCGCGCUCUAUUACGCGUGCUUGGCUCUGAACCGGCCAUAGACACCUUUGCGCAGAUCGUCGACGGCUUACCCGUCGCCGACGUUGCCUGGGACAAGCGCCAUCCCGGCAUCUUUGGCGACGACCACCCCAUCGAGGCGCACGCAAGCCUCUGUCCCGGGGUGAAAGACGAGACCAGCGCCUGUCUUGAGCAAUAUGAUCUGCACUCCCUCGUCUUUGACCCAAAGCUAGUACAAGCAUACCAAGAUGCUCCCUUGGCCUCUAAAGCCUUUCAUACCCGUCUGAUCGAGCUUGUCGUCAUUGCAUUGCACCAGAUCGCCGUGGAUCUUUUCAAACAGGACGACCUUCGCUCACACAGCCAGCAUGAGAUUGACACCGUCACCAACUGUGUCAUCGUCCCGCCUAAAUCCCCAGCCGUCAACCCACAGGAUUAUGCGGUUACGGUGCCACCGAGGCCAACCCUCUUCAACCACCCUUAUUACGUCGAUCUUGAGAUUUACCCCGAAGGCCUCGCGGAUAUUGUCGGGUACUGGGCCGAAGACCGCAUAGUCGGGGGGAUUGUGUUGUUCGACAGAAGAGCUGACCCACGCGACCCCCGAGACCGGCCGGAUGAGGAGAAUCAGGGCACCGGCGAAGAGGUUGGAGGUCAGAAUCCCGCCGAAAACAAGCCGCCCAACAUCUGGCUGCACCCUGCUCGCGACCAUGUGACGGACCGGGGUAAUCGGACGCGGGUCGACCCUGCUACUGCGCACUCGCACAAGUUUAUCUUCAGGGAGUACUGGGAUCGUAAGCCCGCGACACAGGAGUUAUUGGAUUUGCUUCGGCGGAGGCCGCAGAACGAACUCGACCACCCUGAAAUUCGAGACUUCAUGAACCGUAUCAACGCCUUGGAGAGGGAGUGGAAGGAGGCCAAACCCAAAGACACCCGGAAGUAA